CCCAAUAAGCACUGCACACUAAUCCCCAGUCAAUCCUCUGGGGACAUUAGCCACGAUCCGUUUGCAAAUCGUACACCGCAUGCGCGCGAUCGCCUCCACCGCCCCCUCUGCCGACGCCUCCGCCAAUAAGCGGUGCGCGCCGCGGCCUAUCCGCGUAAUGAAUUCUGAACCGCACCCCGCCGUUGCCGUGGCGACGAAACAUAAGCGCGGCCCAGCCCAGAGUCGCGGACUCUGGCUCGACUAGUGGAGCGAACGCAAAUCUGUGGCUCUAAAACGUCUUCUAUUUAACAUAGUUUAACCAUUUAAGUGUCGAGGGCAGCGCGGAACUGAACAGAGGAGGACGUUUAAAGUCUUGUUCUCAAGAAAAGCCUUAGUUUUGACGGCUGCGCGAAAGAUGGCGUCGCCGGGAUUGGCGUCGUCCACCUCGGCGCGCGGCCGUGGCGGCGCCUCCCGCACUCCCUCGCCGGCCUCCCGGCGCUCGCGGACCCGCGAAGCCAGCCGCAGGGGCGGCCGCGGGACCCGAGGAGGUCACGGCGGUAACGACGACGACGACGACGCCGCCUCCUCAUACCGCACGGACAAGUACGACGAGGGCGACGACGACUGGUCCUCGGAGGUUUCCCGCCGGCGCUCGCCAUCGCAGUCGCCGACGCUCACGCCUUCGCCGAGCCCUCUGCCCAGGCGGAAGGCGACGAGGCCGGCGCCGGCGGCCAAGCGGGGCCCGGUCGUGGGCAAGUACGGCUCUCCCGGCCGCAAACCGGUGGGCCCCCGAGCCGGGAACGGCACGAAGGCUGUCGGCGUCGUCGGCGGCGUCGGCGUCGGCGGCGUCGGCGGCCGUGGCAGUCGCAGCAACAAGAGCAGCCGCACGUCGCUGUACACGGGCCGUGGCGGGCCCCCCGACCUGGUGUCGCGACGCGUCCACUCGGCGCGGGUGCACGCGGCCGUCACUCUGCGCAACGAGGUGUCCGAGUUGGAGGCAAGGCUGGACGAGGCCACGCGCGAGAACCGGGCCCUCAAGCAGCUGCAGCACCGCCAGGAGAAGGCCCUGGCGCGGUUCGAGUCCCAGGAGGGCGACCUGCCGCAGCUGCUGGCGCGGCACGCGGCGGAGACGCGGGCGCUGCGCGAGGGCCUGCGCAGGGCCCGCGAGGCGGAGCGCGACGCGGCGCGGAGGCUGCGCGCGGCGCAGGACGAGCUGGCCACGACGCGGGAGGGCCUCCAGCGGCUCCAGAGGCUCUCUGAGCAGCGCGGGCUGGGCGAGCGCGAGGAGCUGGCGCGCUCGCUGGCGCGCGCCGAGACCAGGCUGGACGAGAGCGAGCGACGGGUCAAGGACCUGGAGAAAAACCUCGAUCUCACCACAAACAGCUACCAGAGGCAGCUGGCAGCAGAACGGCGCAAAACUCAGGAGGCACAGGCGCAGGUGACUGCCCUACAGGAGGAGAUAGAGAGGCUCACCCAAAAGCUCAAGGAUAAGGAGCGGGAGCUGGACGUGAAGAACAUCUACGCCAGCCGUUUGCUGAAAGCGUCGCCGAGGAAGGACACCGAGGCCAUGCCGCGGGGCACUCGGCCACCUAAAAAGGCAGGCAAGCCGGCAACGGUGGCGGUACAGACGGACGACUACUUCGACACGAUCAACUUCCCUCCGCCGCCGUCGCCACCGCAGCUAUCGCCGCCACCUCAUCCCAAGCAGCAAAACCCCGCAGCCAAGGAUUCGGAUGUCGGCGCCGCGAGGUGGGACCGCGAGAGGGAUGACCGGACCCGCAGGGAGAAGGAGGAGCGCGAUCUGGAGAACAAAGCUCGCAAGUUGCGAGAAGAACGCGAGCGGGAGGAGGAGGAGGCGGCGGCCGGUGCGGCGGAGCGGGCACGGCUGGGCGAGGAGCGCCGCCGUAAGGACGCCCUCCUCGCCAAGAUGCGGGAAAUCGACGAGCGGAUGUCGGCACCGGCGGCGGCCGCCUCUGCCCGUCGCUCGCCGUCCCCGACCCUGGACGACAUCGCCCGCAAAACCGCGCGCCCGCUGCCGCCGCUGCUGCGUGACGACGACGACGCCGCCGCCACCACCACCGACGACACCGACGCCGGCGACGCCAGCAACUCCAACAGCCAGGGAAGCCGCGGGGGCUACAAGUUCUCGGAGCCGGUGCGGAACCUGCACAACGGCGUCCCGGCCCGCGCAGAGGGGACGGCGGCGAGUCGCGCCGGCGCCAACGGCGAGCCGAGGGCCCCCCCGCCGGGGGCGGACGAGCUGGCGUUCGGCAGCUACGCGCCGUCGUUCGGGCGCCAAUCGGGCCGGGAGACUCUGCCGCUCGAGCAGCGCCGGGAGAACUCUCCCAAGAAAGGGCGGCCGACGCCGCCGGGCUCGCGGGACAAAACGGGGCUCAUCGAGCAGCUGUUCGGCACGGGCGAGGUCGCGGCGGCGGACGGGGAGAUGAAGGCGGCGCCCGCGCCGGCCGGGAAGAAGGCGUUCCCGUGGGACGACGACGACGACGACGACGAGGAGGAGGAGGAGGCGGCGGAGGAGGAGGCGGCGGGCGAUGAUGCGCGGCGAAAGGCGGGAGACCGAGGAGGGGGGGCGGCGACGAGCACGGCGGCGGCGUUCCGGACGCGCAACGGGCGGCACGCGACGACCGUGACGAGCACGCGGCCCGCCGUGAGGGCCGUCGACUCGCCGGACGAUGACGUCGAAGAGCUGGCGCUCUGAAGGGGGACGACGUGCCGUGCCGCCGGAGGAAGGGUGGUUGCCGCGUCCCGUCUCCGGCGCGCCGGCCGCGAAUCGGAUCGAUUCCAUCGCGGCGGGCCUGUUGCUCUUACGGGAAGGCCACAAGCGCGUUCGCUGAACAGGGCAGGAGAAAACGGAGGCAGCCGUACGAAAUCAAGAUCAAAAAAGCUCCCGUUAUGAAACCUUAAUGCGAAUCAUCUCGGCGCUUGCACGCCAUCACCGCAACGAGAUUAUAGGCCGCGCGUGACCCCCACGUGGUUGUUUGGCUGGCCAGGUCGCGGUGAGCUUGCGGUCUCCACGCGGGGCACCGUGGGGGAGCCGUGGGGCCCGGGUGAACGACCCACCCGGUGGUAUUUUAAAACGGCACUUGCAGCGCCAAACUUUGGCACGGCGCCGCGUCGACCGAUUCCAAACACCUCCCAUCGGUGGGGCAAGCGGCCAAUCACGUGGGGCCAAGCUCGGUGACCGGCCAAUCAAACGCUGCUCGUCAGACAGCCCGUUGCUUUGAAGGCAUCGCUCAACAUUAUCUACAUUUGCAAAAGCGAAUUAUUUUACCCCCCCCCCCUCUCUUUCUCUGUGCUCAGAAAGCUUUCCAAAUACAGAUUUUUGGAGAAAUUCUAUCAUUUUAUGUAGGUAGUUGCAUAUCGUGGUUGACAUGGGCCUUGGUACAAAUAACGACACAGACACCCCCCCCCCCGCCCCCCCCCCCCUUCAUCGCCCGGAGCCUGGGCCCCCACCAGUCUCCAGGCCGCUGUGCGAUCGCACCGCCUGCACACUCUCGAUGGCUACUCCACCGAGGCGCGUAACUCUUGACGAAUUCGAACCAAUGAUUACGCUCGCGAUACACGUAUCGCAUUUGCGCGUGCGUACGAAUAACAGUAUUUUGCAAUUUGCGCAAAUCGUUUGCAAACGCUACGUGUUUUGGGCUCAUGUUGCGGCCGAGGUAGAACAAAACAAGAAAGUUAUUGAUUAUUGAAGCAAAUCGUCCUACCUAAAUUGUGACAAUUCAUCGAAUAGUAAUGACAAAUGGGAUGAUUCCAUUGCAGGCUUGAUUUUAAAAAAAAAAAUGGUUUUACACGAUAUAGGACGAAGCUUCGCUCGUCUCCGGAACGCGCGUCUUCAACGCACUUGCAAAUGUCGUUCUCAUCGAUCGUUCCCCCAAGGAAAAAAAAAAACCAACCAAUUGCAUCUGCUCUGCUAGUGGCGGUGCCUGGGAUGUGAUUUUGAUGGUGGGCUACAGCGAAAUCUCCGACCAAAUCACGCGGAGCGUGCCCGAUCUCUGUCCAGACCUCGUAAGCUUAGCAGGCAUUUCGAGCCUGCUAUCGUACUUGGAUGGGCAACCCACUGCGUACAAACAGGUGCUACGGGCUUCCUGCUGAGCUACGUUAUCAGCAGAGGGCAGUGCAGCGGUGUAUCCAUUGUCGUUACUCUACCUUGCUCCAACGUCUAUGCUGCCCACCUUGAGCAAGAAGGCAGCGCCGGUCCGCAUCCUGCAGUGGAUUGGGAAAAAGGGAGCUCUGGACGGUGAAACCAUCCGGAUGAAGACAUUGCACGUCACGUGUUUAACAAUUGUGACGCCGUGACAGGGAGCUCGUCUCUCCCUUUUUAAAAUGCCGAGGCGUGUGUGGCCCGCUUCCUUUCCGAGUAUCGCGUGUUGCGGGAGAAGCGCCGUAAAUUGCCCCCGGGCCGAAGAACACCCACGCGCGACAGUGGGAGGACGGUGCUCGAAAAUCUGUGUACGGGGAGGGAGAAAGAAAACGUGAACGGAAUCCGUGCCCUACUUGCCGUACCGGCAUCCGCCAACGGUGACCUCCGUGUGGGGGGUUGGGUGGGGGGGGGACGCUGAUCGCUGCUCCCACGCAGCUGGCCGCGGAGCUGAGCUUUCUCAGUUUCGCCGAUGCUUAAACGGAGGCGAUGAGCGUGGGGCGUUAACACGGCGAGCUUCACGGGGGGUGGGCGGGCGCGGGGUUACUUGAGCCAAACCCUGCGGGCUCACGGGAUACGGUCAUGUCCGUCGAUGCCACCCGAUGGUUGGCGUUUCUGAGCGAGGCUGGAGCAUCGGGCACGACCGGUUGAAUGCGCACGUGGUGAACCAAGCGAUUUUGCCGCCGCCGACGCCGCCGGGGGUUUGGUCGGAGAUUGGCGAGUGAAGCGUUCGUUUGGGAGCCCUCCAGAUCACUGCUGUAAGCCUCGUCAUCCGCCGGCUUUCUGUCGGAGGAGGGUAGAAAGGAAAGAGAAAAAUGAAAUCGCUUCGCUCGUACCGAUAAAAGAGUGCGUCUCUUUAUUACGCGCCAAUGUUUUCAAAUGCGUUCGAAGCAAACAUAAUCAAGGCGUAAAUAUUCGUGUUAAUUUUCGCGUUCGAGGAGGCACAAUCGUUUUUUUUUUAUGCCUGCCCCCAUCGAUUUUCCAAGCACACGUUUGGACUCGUGUAAGCUACAGCACCUCGGGUGCUGCCCUGGUGGUAUGUUUAGCACAAUGGACUUGCGAAUCCAGAGGUCGCCGGUUCCAUCUCCCAUCGCAGCAGUUGAAUCAAUGGGGGCAACUUUAUUAAAUGCUCCCCCACCUCUGUCCACCUAGCGGUGUAGGUUGCGCGUCUGGCCAGCGUCGAAGAGGAGGCCAUAUACCCUCUGGGAGAGCUCCCGAGACAUUCUCUUUCUAGCGCAGCGGUCUUCAUCGCAAGGCCCGCGGGGCCACUGGCCGCCCCUGGUGGCCUUUAGUGCGGCCCCUGACGAGCGGCCUCCGACAAUCACACGGCAAGUGAGAACGGCCCCCACCACCAUCAUCAUCGUCGUCGCCGUGCUGCUGUGAAAUCCAACAAUGGUUUCAAUCGCGUGGCGGCCCUCGCACUGAUGAUGUCUGAUCGGUGAAGAACACUGGGCUAGUGGAAACCCUUCCAACAGCAGUGGCAUGAGCGAGCAAUUGCAGGGCCUGCACCUUUACCUUCUACGCAAUAUACAGCGCACUUACUUGAGCUAAGAAGUUUAGUUUAGACCCAGUGAUUGUGGGCCGAGAUAGGCAGACAAAGGGGGACGAGUUGGGAAUCUCAUGAGUAUCGCAGCAGGUUCAAAAUUCAUUAGGGUUCUGCUCGUCUGACAGGGUUUAAAAUAAUCCUAAUCUGAAAUCAACUUACGUGAUUUUUUUUUUGUUAUGCAUACCUUGGGCUGUGCUUGCUUCUACGCCGCAUACUUUAUCUUGAACAAAUAUUUUGUGAUGACUUUCUGAUUCCAAUCCCUUCUACCUCCCUUUUUGGUUCAAAAUAAUAAUAAUAAUUAUUAUUAUUGUACACAUUAAAUCGUGUUUAUCUUUUUUUUUAAUGUGCUGUAUUCAGAGUUUUGUACGUGAUCCCCCAAUGUGAUUGUUUGUUGGUCUGCUUUCCUCUACAGCCCAGAGUGGUACGAUUGUAACGUGACGUUCUGUUGCCAACUUUUAAAUUAUACACUACGAAUGAAACGUCAAAAUGUCUUCGCCUAGAAUGUUCAAAUAAAAAAAAAUGAAUCUACUGGG